AUGCUACCACCUAAUUAUAUUCCAUCCUUAUACAAUCCAUCAGACUAUAUCGGCUUAUUGGAUUACUUGACUAUUAGUAUUGGCGAUUUGCGAUAUAACAAAAGAAAUGGGGUGAAUUACACUUCGGAUUUGUACAUCACUGGAAAUAUCUAUCAAAAUGGAACAAUGAUUGAUUUGAGUGUGCUGUCAGGUAUUACACCAGGAACAGCUUCCGCUGGGAAAUUGAUUGCGGUUGACUCUAACAGAGACAUCGCGAACAUUAAUAAUCUCUCAGCAUCACAAUUAACAGGAACGCUUCAAACACCUGCACAACCUAACAUUACAUCAUUGGGAACAAUUUCAUCAACACUCACUAUUAGUGGAUCUACUCCUAUAACUUGUAAUAACUCCCUGUCCAGUAGCACAUGCUCAUUAUCUGUUGAUUCUGUAUCUGGAGAUCAGACAUUUGGCAGUACAACAGCGAAUAAGUUUCAUUUGAGAACAAAUGGGAAUAGAAAAAUAACGAUAGGAUCCACUGGAUUAGUAGGCAUUAAUAAUACAUCUCCAGCUAAACAAUUAGAUAUUAUCGGAUCGACAGCAUUAACAAACUCAUUGUAUCAAAUCACUGAUGGAACAGUAAUUUAUCAGCAGUGGUUCGAUGGGACUCAAUGUUGUCUCCAAACGUUUUCAAAUCAUCCAUUGACUUUUGCAUCAAAUAAUGGAUCUGUGCAAAUGUCAAUAUUAACGAAUGGAAAUGUAGCUGUUAAUAACACAUUGACAGCUACGAAUAUAUCCGCUUCAACUUUAUAUGGAACCCUUCAAACAGCUGCUCAGCCCAAUAUUACAUCGAUUGGAACUUUAGCGACUCUUACGGCUACAUCAAUUACUGGAACACUUCAAACAGCUGCUCAGCCAAAUAUUACCUCAAUCUAUAAAUGGUACUUCAACAUGUGCUCUUCUUUCAAACAAGUAAUACAGGAAGAAUGA